UGUUUCUCGCCGCCGGACAUUCCAAACGCAUAUUUGAGCGCGCACAGAAAUUCCGGUCAGACAUACGGGCCGGACGGACAGAGUAGUCUGACCAGUGCGCCACGACGUGCCGACUAUCGUUCCGGGGAGGUGAUUGAAUUGCGCUGUCUACCCGGCUAUCAGGACACGAAACGGGAUCACGUGGAAGCCUCGUGCAUUGGAUCCGAAUGGCACUAUGCAAAUUUGCAGUGUGAAAGAAUACAUUGCAAUGCUCUGAAAGAGCCUCAACACGGAAGGAUUGUCUAUCGGUCGGAUAAACGAUUUCAGGCUGAAGCAACCACUGUAUGCGUGGAGGGAUACACAGCAGAUUGUGAGACGUGGAACGGCGGAGAUAGACGAGAUCAAGGUUGCUUACGUGUUUGUCAAGCAGACGGACGUUGGUCAGGCAAGGAUGCUGAGUGUAAACGUAAGUCCCAAUGA